AUGGCUGUCGGAGAGUGGAAAGACGAGUACCACGACCCGGCUUUUGCUGAGCAAGAGCAGGAGAUCCUGCAACACUACAAGGAUUGGGCCUACUUUGCCAACUUCAAGUUCAAGGUUGAUCCGGACCAGGGGCACAACUUCUACGAUCUUGAUGAUGUCUUGUACUACGAUUUGAUGGGCGUCGUAACGCGUGGUAGCUUCGGCGCGCACUUCGACCGAAUUGGACCUUACUUUGCCAAUGCUCACAUCGCAUUCAAAGACCUCGAGGUUUAUGCCACAUCGCCCACAUCGGGCUGGUCCAGUAUGGUCCAGCGGUACUGGGGAAAAUCGACCGAUGGUGUCGACUUUGAUUUCACCUUUCGCAUUACUGGCAUCUUGCAGAAGAAGGACGGGGGCUGGCGCUUUGUCCAUGAACAUGUCUCAUUCCCAGUGGAUAUGAAAACACAAAAGGCCGACUUCAGCUGUGGUCUGGAGGCCAGUGUGGCAUUGUAUAUUGGCAAGGAUCGAGACCAGGCCGAGAAGGAUGGCAAGGCUUAUUGA